AUGUCUACACUUAGACUGUCUUAUUACUCCAGAGCUUUGCGUAUACAGCAGCUUCGCCCGAAUCAUGCGUCCCGCUCUCUCUUCUACCGCCAGUUCCACGCCUCAACACGACGUGAUGUCGUGAAGCCGUUCCUUCUUGCAGACAUCGGAGAAGGUAUAACGGAAUGUCAGCUGAUACAAUGGUUCGUGCAGCCAGGUGCUCGCGUAGAACAGUUCGACAAGAUAUGCGAAGUGCAGUCGGACAAGGCUAGUGUCGAGAUUACAAGUCCGUUCGACGGAGUGAUCAAGAAACUUCACUAUGAGCCGGACGAUAUGGCAAUCACGGGAAAGCCAUUGGUCGACAUCGACAUUCAAGGAGAGCUGAGCGAAGCAGACCUGGAGAAGCUGGGUGAGGAGGAAGGAAGGUCAGAUCAACAGGAGCAGGUAGAGGCGGAAGGUGUUGGAGCCGAACAUACACCGCCUGAAGCAAGCAAGCAACCAUCAUCUCAACCACGACAGCCUCCGUCGCAAUCGAGCAAAGAAGACAAGGGAUCGCUGGCAACGCCUGCUGUGAGGCAUCUGAUCAAAGAGCACGAUUUGAACAUAAACGAUAUCAAUGGCACUGGCAAAGACGGCAGAGUUCUGAAAGAAGAUGUGCAUCGUCAUGUUUCCCAGGGAGGCCAACAGUCGCAAUCACAAUCGCAACAGACCGCGUCGUCAAUGCCAGCUCGUCCCACAGCCUCACGCGAAGAUCGCGCAGUUCCCCUCACCAACGUUCAAUCGCACAUGUUCAAGACCAUGACGAGGUCACUCAGCAUUCCACAAUUUCUCUACAGCACCUCUGCGGACAUGUCCGCAGUCACCAGCGUGCGGAAACGGCUCAGUGCAUCGACUGGUCAAAAGAUGACACACCUUGCUUUCAUAAUGAAGGCGGUCAGUAUUGCGUUCGCAAAACAUCCUCUGCUGAACGCCGCGCUCCACGUGAAAGAUGCCAGGAAAGCAGAGUUGACAUAUAAAGGCGCCCACAACUUCGGCAUUGCGAUCGACACACCUUCAGGCCUCCUUGUUCCUGUUGUAAAGAAUGUGCAAGAUCUGAGCAUUGCAGAAAUCGCGGCCAAGAUGAAGGAGCUGUCGCAGAACGCUCGCGACAACAAGCUGGCUCCGGGAGAUUUCAGUGGAGCAACUUUCACCGUCAGCAACAUUGGUUCGGUUGGAGGAGGCGUCGUGGCGCCAGUGAUCUCAGAGCCACAGGUAGCAAUUGUUGGAGUCGGUCGAAGCAGGAUCGUUCCAGCAUUCGAUGAAAACGAUGCGCUCGUGAAGAAAGAAGAGCUGGUGCUGAGCUGGAGCGCAGAUCAUAGGGUUGUUGAUGGUGCAGAGUGCGCGAGGUGCGCUGAGCGGGUCAAGUCCCUGCUGGAAGAUCCGACCGCCAUGCUCGUGGAGAUGCGGUAG